CGUGAAAAAUAAGAACUUAUUGAGCUGAUGAGUUUCUGUUUUUCUUCCUGCAGUCGAACUUUGCGAUGGGCCGGCUCCCCUCCACGUACAGGAAGUGCUACAUGCUGGACUUCGGUCUGGCGCGGCAAUACACAAACACCACCGGAGAGGUCCGGCCGCCGAGGACUGUGGCGGGAUUCAGAGGGACGGUCCGCUACGCUUCGGUCAACGCUCAUAAAAACAAAGAAAUGGGUCGCCAUGACGACCUGUGGUCAUUAUUUUACAUGUUGGUGGAGUUCGCUGUUGGACAGUUGCCAUGGCGAAAAAUCAAAGAUAAGGAACAAGUUGGUCAGAUUAAAGAGCGUUACGACCACCGGAUGCUGCUCAAACACAUGCCUUCAGAGUUUAAUAUCUUCCUGGACCACGUGCUGGCCCUGGACUACUACACCAAACCAGACUACCAGCUGCUGAUGUCGGUGUUUGAGAACAGCAUGAAGGAGCGAAUCAUCACCGAGAACGAGCCUUUUGAUUGGGAGAAAGGCGGAGGAGACGUCACGCUGUCGACCAGCACCUCCAGCCAGCCUCAGCAAAACACCCGACCCACGGCCGCCAUGGUGGGAGCCAUCAUGACGCCGAUCCCUGGAGAUCUCGGGCGGGAAAACACAGACGAGGUUCUGCAGGACGAACACCUCAGUGAUCAGGAGAACGCCCCCCCGCCCCCCACCAGCCGCCCCCCCGGGGACACGGGGGCCCAAAACACCGGGGAGACCGGAGAGGUGUGGGAGGACACGGACUUCAACCGCAACAGACUCAGGAUCAGCCUGAGCAAGGGGGGUCCGGAGGACGAGUCGGGUCGGGGGGCGUGUCCAGCGUCUCCCGUUCGAGGAGGAGUCCCCGAGUCGCCCACCGGCGGUCGGUCUCUACGAUACCGCCGGGUCAACAGCCCCGAGUCGGACCGACUGUCGGCAGCUGAGGGCCGCAACGACGGCUACGGCCCGAGGUCCCGGAUGGAUAUCCUCGGCUCUCCGUCUCGUCACGUCUACUCCUCACAGCCGGCUCAGAUGCUGUCAGUCGACCCCGGUUGCCGUGGUGACCGUCUGGCCAGCGGGCGGCAGGAGGUCUCUGUGGCGUCGGUGGACCAGGAGGCGCACAGCAACGCUUUCAUCCGCUCCGUCCCAUUGGCCGAGGAGGAGGACUUCGACAGCAAAGAGUGGGUGAUCAUCGACAAAGAGACGGAGCUGCGGGACUUCCAGCCAACAACGUCAGGAACGACGGACGAGGAACCGGAGGAGCUGCGACCCCUGGAGGAGCAGGAGGAGAGGAGGAGGCUCCGGGCCGCAGGGGAGCUGGUGGUCCGUCCAAAGACCCACACCAGGGAGAGUAGCCGAGGGAUGCUAACGCUAACGGAGGAGGAGGCGUCGAGGAGGAGCGGAGGAAGCCCCGCCCAGUCGCCCUGUCACUCGCUGCCGUCAGGACGUCCCCGCCGGAGAGAGUCGGAUCCCAUUGGACCUCAAAGACCGGUGUUGUCGCCCACGGAGCAGAGCAUCCCAUCUCCGACUUCCCCAGACUAUCGGACGAAGAGCCAGAACGACGAGAAGGAGCAUUUCCACAUCCUUCCUCAGCUCCAGGUCAAGAGGGCAGACUUCCUCACCGUUAUACUCACCGGUACUUUGCCUCAGCGCCGGAGCUUUGCCACGCCAGAAGAGGAAGUCGAAGAAACUCCUGGGCCAAAGGAUGACGACGUCACAAAGAGUGAGUCGAACAGCGAGGCCAGUCAGAAGAGCACUGAGCGAAGCCAGGAUGCCGCGCCUUCAACACUUAUGGCCGAGGACCAGAGGGGCCAAAGGGAGCACGCUUCGGCCGCAGAUGCUGACCCUGACAUGGAGGACGCUUCCAAAACCCUGGUCCUCUUCUCCCCCGGAGACACUCGUAAGUCUCCCUCUGGGUGUGAUCAUGCUCUGGAGGGAGAGCUGGCCACACCGUGUGCUCUCAAUGCCGACCGCCUCUUUGUCGGGGAGGCGAUUCAGCCCGAACCCUCCGAGACCGGACGCUUGUCGCCUGCUCUCAGGUCAGACUUAAGGCCUUCCCCUCCCAUCGCUCCUGCAUCGCCGCCCUUCACCAAAGUCGAGCGCACUUUCAUCCAUAUUGCAGAGACAUCACACCUCAAUGUCAUGUCUUCCAAUGGUCACUCUUCCAAGGAAAGUGACCGGGAAGUCUUGGCUAUCAUGAAGGCAUCGGCCAUAGAGGAUGAGCAAGAGGGAGCACCUAUGACAGAAGAGCUUCUAGAUGAGGCUGUGCCAGAUCAAUCUGCACCGGUUGACAAACAAUCCAACACUGAUAAUGGUCCGUCGACAAUCCCGGCCCAGUCUUUGGAGCCGGUCCCAGAAGCCAUGCCUCUAUCUCUUACAGAUCUACCACAGGAGCCUCAGAAACAACCAUCGUCCAGUGAAGACGAUGCCAAGCUUCAGCCAACCGGAUCAGAACUCCCGCCCGUCACAAAACCCAGAAUCCGAAGCCGAAUCCCAAUACUUGUAUCGGAAGAGGACUCAGGCUCAGAGCAGUCCUCCUCCCUCUCAGCUCGGGCUCGGCUGCAGCAGAGAGCCCGGCAGCUGGACUUAGCCCGAAUUCUGGUCCAGAAGCAACAGGGUCGCUGGAUGAGGAGGAGGAUGCUGUCCGGGACGUCCUCGUCCUUGUCCUCCGGGGACGAUGAGCGUCGGAGGGUUUCGGAGACUCUGUCCACCGCAGGCUCAGAGGAAGACACGCAUACCUCGGACGAGUCCAAGAGGAGCUCCCGUCUCAAAACGACUGAAGAGCAAGGCUCCAAGGAGUGCAGGAGCAGGAUCCCCAGACCUGUUACCCCCAUAAAGAGGCCGUCAGCUGUUGGCCUCGCUGCUCCUUCUCCCCUCUCCCUACCAGACUCCAGCUCCACCAAAGGAGCAGCGUCCUUCACUAACGGGAAUCAGACAAUUGGACUAAGCACUCUCAGCACUCAACGGAAAUCUAAACCCAUGUCGCCCAGGUCGUCCUCCUUGUGUCCCCGUCCGUCUGCAGGACCCUCAGGCAGCCCUCGGAUGCCGCUUCGAGUCCUGUUCGGCACCCGACGCAGCCUUAGCUCAAACCACUGCAGGACUGACAGCCCGUCCCCUCAGAGAGUUUGUCCAUCCAGGCAGCCCCUCUCGGUUCGAGCCCCGACCGUCCCCGUGCUCCCGCCCAGGACUACAACCACCAUGCGGCGCAGCGCCUCGCAGGACACCACCGGACAGACCUUCUCCUCCGGCACCCUGCCCGCCAGAACCAGGCCGAAACCAACCAUCAAGGGGAAGCUGAACGCCAGGGAGAAGGUGGCGCCCGCUAGAUAAUACAAAGAGACUCA